UACUGAUUAGUGCUCAGGUGCGCGCGUGCUGCUGCUGAUUCUCCUCCAUUUUGUCACGACGCUUCAUAAAAACGGGAGGGAAAAUUUUGGGCGGACGUUAAUUAAUUUAUUCGGUACAUUUUAACGAUUUUUAGACAUGGAUCUCCACAAACACCGCCAUGGGAUCACAAUGUCGAACGGCUUCAUCUUACCUGAGGGCAAAAUGACACCUAACACCCUGUUUGUAGGAGGAAUAGACAUGAAGGUUGAAGAAAAUGAGAUUCGAGACUUCUUUGGUCGGUUCGGUGAAGUGAAGGAGGUUAAAAUCAUCACCUACCGUGGAGGCAUCUGCAAAGGUUACGGGUUUGUUUACUUCAGCGAGGAUGUCGACAUUCAGACCAUUUCUGAACAACAGGUCACUUUUAAAGGAAAGAAACUCAAACUGGGUCCCGCCAUCAUGAAAGAGCGAAGUUCUCACGAGUCGGGUUUCCAAGGUUCUAUCCCAUCACCUCUGAUUGGUCCAUCACAAUGGGUAAGCCCCUCCCCCUGUGUCUACUGUACAUGCUGCCCUCCCAGCCUGGCUCCACCCACUGUGCUCGGGGGAGGACCACAGUACCUACAGCCGUAUGCUUAUCCAAAUGUUCCCGGAGUCAUGAUUCCUCAAAUGACUAUGAAUUAUACACAGACAGCCUACAGCUACCCGUAUUCCCCGCCACAGUGGUGUGCUGACCAGAGGACCAGGUUUAUGAAUCAGAACUUUGUGGAUUGUGGAGUCCAGACAUUGCUGACACUUCUGUAGUCCAUUCUAGAGGUGGGCUGUCUUCAUGAAACCAAGGUGCUGAUGUCUUCGUGGAAAUGACAUGGACUUGUGGGGAAACAUCUUCAGCAUUCUACCUCUGGUGUGAUUGGUUUUGGAUAUUAAGGUCCCAGUCUGCGUGAUAUGUCGAUGUGAUGCCCAAAUCAUGGCCAUGUGGUCAAAUAGAAGGCUGCAUACUGUGUGUGUGUGUGGGAGAGAGAGACUGAAUACAUUUACACACUUAAUUUUUUUUUCCCCCAGUUUAUUUGCAUUGUUCUUUUCUUUGCUUUUGUGAGCCCAAACCUUUGAAAAAAGACACUUUUAAAAUCACAAAGGCAUUUCUGUUUCGUUUCUGUUGUUUAUUUUAACGUUCGCACUUCUGUCGCUUUUCAGACGCUUUUGAUCUAAAGGGGAACGCGACCGUUCUCGAGGCUAAUAUAAAUUGUUCACGUUCAGUUCAGCAAAUCGAAUCAUUCUAUUUGUUGCUUGUCAUUCAUGCUGACAAAGCUCCAGCUUCACCGACCUCAUCUCUCUCACUGUAAGUGCCGUCCUGCUUUUAUUUUUAUAUAUAUUUAUUAUUUAGUCAGAACAACUUGGGAUUCUAGAAUUUGUUAAUAUUUCGAACAUUUCUCAGGGGUUUUGUUGUUGUGUUUGGAUUUAUUUUGCGGCUUUGCCCCUUUGAUUAACACAUUACAAUCUGAUGUCUCUUAAUUUACAGCUUAUAGGAGAGGAAAGAAAAAUAAAUAAAUUACAUUAAAUAAGAAUGAUCGAUUGAUUCAGAAUACAUUUUAAAAUUGUUUCUGUAAAAAGGCUUUAGUCACAAAGGGUUUGGCCAGUUUUAAUUCACCAGGUAAUGACCGAAGACAAAUUCUUUACACGUUUGCUGAUGUUUGAUAUUUGUGGUGCUUUUGUUAAAGGUUCGCUGUUUUUUCCUUCACUUCGUUAAUGCUGAUUUAUAUUACACAAGGGAGAUAUUUUUAUUUUUAAUAUUAGGGUGAUUUUGUCUUGGUAAGAUUUGUCAUUUUCAGAUUUAAAUAGUUGUUGGUAAGCUGCAGGUGUUGAAAACCAUAUUGUUAGCGAUACUGUUCUGGAGCCUUUGGCCUCUGAUGGAUUGUUCCCUCU